CCGUGCUGUCGCAAGAGCAACGCGACUUCUCUUCUUUGCGUGCGCGCAUUAAUCUGUGACACACGAUUACUGCAUUAAACGUCACCGACAAUCACGUGAUCUUGAUUGACGACUUUUUUUUCUUGCGCUGCACCUUCCUGAGGAACGAAGGUUGCAUAAAUUCACAUAAAUUCGCGACAGUACCGAAAUCAGUCAUCUUUCGAUGCAUCGUAUUAUCUGAGAUCAUCGUCUCAGACUUGAACUUUAUCGAGUCUUAUUUUUAGCAGCACGACGUCAAAUCGAACGCUGAACUGGAGCGGGAAGACGCAACUCGAUCGAAAAUUAUGGAUACGAGAAUACAGUAUCCUGAGGCGCGCAGGGAUGAGAGCGUCGUCGACGAUUAUCACGGCGUUAAGAUAAGUGAUCCUUAUAGAUGGCUGGAAGAUCCAGAUUCACCAGAAACAAAAGCUUUUGUUGAUGCUCAAAACGCCAUUACUAAACCAUAUUUAACUGCGUGUAAAGCUCGUGACAAUAUUCAUGAUCGUUUGAAGCAAUUAUGGGAUUUUCCAAAGUACUCGUGUCCUGCCAAGCAUGGUGAAAAAUAUUACUUUUAUAAAAAUUCUGGUUUGCAAAACCAAAGUGUCUUAUACGUACAAGAUACCCUUGAAAGUGAACCAAAAGUAUUUCUUGAUCCUAAUACUUUUUCCGAGGAUGGAACUGUUGCAAUUACCAGUAGUAGUUUUACUGAGGAUGGUAGCAUUUUCGCAUAUGGAUUAUCUAAAAGUGGUUCUGACUGGAGGACUAUCCAUUUCCUGAAUACACAUACUAGUGAAAAGUACUCAGAAAUUUUGGAAAAAGUCAAAUUUUCAUCGAUUACAUGGACUCAUGACAACCGUGGUAUUUUUUAUGGACAAUAUCGAGAUCAGCAAGGAAAAACUGACGGCUCAGAAACAUUAGGUAAUGAAAAUCAAAAAUUAUGUUACCAUGUUGUUGGUACAUCACAAUCAGAUGAUGUUGUCGCAGUUGAGUUUCCUGAAGAACCUUUGUGGAGGAUAGGUGCACAAGUGUCUGAUUGUGGUAAUUGGCUCAUUGUUACUCCUCGGAAGGAUUGUAGGGAUAAUUUAGUAUAUUUUACACCAUUAGAAAAAGGAAAGGAAGUAAAGAACAACUUGCCAUUGACACAAGUUGUUGAUAAAUUUGAAGCUGAUUAUGAAUACGUGACCAAUAUUGAUAGUAAAGCUGUAUUCCGCACAAAUAAAAAUGCACCUAAUUACAAGUUAGUAGCUAUAGAUUUAUUGGAUUACGAACAACACAAAUGGGUUGAUCUUUUGCCAGAACAUCCUGAGAAUGUACUAGAUUGGGCUGAAGCUGUGGAUGGAGACAAAUUUGUUGCCUGUUAUAUACAAGAUGUUAAGAACAUUUUGCAACUGCAUUGCUUGAACACUGGUAAAGUUCUUAGAACAUUUCCUCUUGAUCUUGGUACUGUUGUUGGAUUCUCGGGAGAGAAGAAAUAUUCUGAGAUAUUUUAUCAGUUUACAUCAUUCCUAACCCCGGGCAUUAUAUACACAAUCGAUUUAAAAAAAGAAGAGGAGCCACGUAUCUUGCGAGAAAUCAAAGUGAAAGAUUUUGAUGCGAGUUUAUACAAAACUAGUCAAAUAUUUUAUAAAAGCAAGGAUAGUACAAAAGUACCCAUGUUUAUAGUAACAAGAAAUGAUGCUACAUUAGAUGGAACUAUGCCAGGCUUACUUUAUGGAUACGGUGGUUUUAAUGCAAGUAUUCAACCUACGUUCAGUGUUACAAGACUUGUUUUUAUUCAACAUUUCAAUGGAGUACUUGCAGUUGCUAAUGUUCGUGGAGGAGGUGAAUACGGAGAAAGAUGGCACAAUGCAGGACGCUUCUUUAACAGGCAAAAUGCAUUUGAUGAUUUUCAAUAUGCAGCAAAAUAUCUUGUAGAAAAUGGAUAUACUACCUCUGCGAAAUUAACGAUUCAAGGUGGCAGUAACGGUGGUCUGGCUGUUGGUGUAUGUGUAAAUCAAAGACCUGAUCUAUUCGGUGCUGCCAUAGCUCAAGUGGGAGUUAUGGAUAUGUUACGUUUUCAUAAGUUUACUAUCGGUUCUGCUUGGGUCUCGGAUUAUGGCAAUCCCGAUGAUCCCAAGCAUUUCGAGAACUUGUUGAAAUAUUCACCUUUACAUAAUGUAAGGAUACCACAAGAUGAUAUACAAUAUCCUGCGAUGUUGCUUUUGACUGCUGAUCAUGAUGACCGUGUCGUACCUUUGCAUACUCUUAAAUUAAUAGCCACUCUUCAAUAUACACUUGGAAAUGUAUCAAAACAGAAAAAUCCUUUAUUUGCAAAAAUAGAUACCAAGGCAGGUCAUGGCAGUGGAAAACCAACUAUGAAAAUGAUUGAAGAGAGUACUGACAUUUUAUCAUUUAUCGCGCAAUCCUUGGGCUUGGAAUUCAAAUUGUAAUUAAUGCUUAAAAAAAGUCUAAAACUCAACAAAUUUUACAUAAAAUUCAAAAUUAAUGGAUUGUAAUAUGAUGUAACUAAACGUGCUCGAUUAUCACGUAUAUUGCAACAUAUUGUUGUAAACUCAAGUAUGCUUUGAUUGCAAGUUCUUUUAUAAUAACGUGUUUUGUAUGGAAUAAAAAAGUAAGUAAAUUUGUACCUUACGACAGUGUUUAUGUAAUAUAUAUUUUUCUUUCAUUUAAAACGUAAUAAGCAUAUAAUCAAGCAUUGAAAAACAUUUAAUGAAGUGUGUUUUAAGAUAAUAUUAAAAAAAUACAUGUAGUAAUUAGCUACGUUUUACUAAAACAUUAAUCUCUCUACAAAAAUGUCUCCAUAUUUUUUAUUUGUUAUACAAGAAGAAAAUAAAUCUAAAAAAUUUCUUAAA